GCUGUCUCUCUGAUGGUGCCCGGCGCCCCAACAUUGAUCUGAAGGUUUUUAGAGACUUUUGCGCGACCGAGGUGGUACUUCACUUGAUCCAGUAUUCGUGUGUGGAGUAACUGUCACUUUGUUUUGUUUGGACAUUACUAAUUUAUUUAAAAAAAGACAGAUGGCUUCAGCAUCAAUGGAUAACAAAUGGCAGAAAGAUGCCGCUGACCAGAACUUUGAUUAUAUGUUCAAAUUACUGAUCAUCGGUAACAGCAGCGUCGGCAAAACUUCAUUUUUAUUUCGGUAUGCAGAUGACACAUUCACGUCGGCGUUCGUCAGUACCGUGGGAAUAGAUUUUAAAGUCAAAACAGUCUUCAGGAACGACAAAAGGGUGAAACUUCAGAUAUGGGACACAGCAGGGCAGGAGAGGUAUCGUACAAUCACAACUGCCUACUACAGGGGGGCAAUGGGCUUUAUUCUCAUGUAUGAUGUAACAAAUGAAGAAUCAUUUAACAGUGUACAGGAUUGGUGCACACAAAUAAAAACUUAUUCAUGGGACAAUGCUCAAGUUAUCUUGGUCGGUAAUAAAUGUGAUAUGGAGGACGAGAGGGUGUUGUCGGCAGAAAAGGGAAAACAAUUAGCUGACCAAUUGGGGUUGGAGUUCUUUGAAACCAGUGCGAAGGAAAACAUAAAUGUAAAACAGACGUUUGAGCGGCUUGUGGAUAUAAUUUGCGACAAAAUGUCAGAAAGUUUGGAUUCGGACCCCACAAUUGUAAGCGGUUCAAAAGGCACAAGGCUAACAGAGAAUCCACAGCCAGCAUCUAGCAACUGCAGCUGUUAAUCCGGGAAGGUUUGUCGCGCUUACAGUCGUAGAUUCCUACAUCUGUGGGGUUCGGUAAAAUCAUUUGCAGAAGAUAUUGAAGUUUAGGAAACAUGUUUAAACAAUAAAUCUCUUUGAAGUUAAAAAAAAAAAAUAAGACUGACUGUGCAGAACUAUAAUAUAUAAUGUACCGCUGUUGUUUUAAGCAAAACCAUUGGUUGUUGAAUUUGGGAGAAUUUUACAAUAUUUACUGGUGCAAUUUCAGAAUCCUCAUUCAAUAUAAAAAAAAAAAAAGACUACCUUUUGGUGUACACUGUAUACAGCUAAUGUGUUGAUUAUUAAUUUUGGGGUUUCUUGUAUGCUAAUAUUCAAUGUUUAUCAUUCAGUAUAUAUAAAAAAAAAACAGAUAAAUGUUAAACUGUGUAUGAUUGUAUGAAUGAAAUAAGCAUGUAAUUCCUUAAAGAUAAUCUAGACAAGUAACGCUGAUGAUUCUUAACAUCGUCAUGACAACAAAAUUAUUGUUAGAAUAUCAAACGCUUACUUUUUUUUCAAUGUGAUAUUUAUUCAUGAUUUCUAUUGUUAGGUUGUAAUACUUUCAUCCAAGUUAAGUAUAAAAGUUGUUUUUCAAUAUAAUUUAUUUAUGUGAUCGCUUAACAUAUUGAUUUUUGCAUAAAUUAAGGUUAAAUAGGAACAAAAGAGCAGAUGUAAACAGAAAAUUUCUCAUUGUUGGUCUAUGUAACUCUUGCAGUCAUAUUACUAAGUACACAUAAUUGAUUUUGCUUAAUCGGAAGUGCUCAUUGUAGAAAUCGCUGUGUGAAAGGUCAUUACGUUGGCUGUUUUAUCAACUAACGAGAGAAAGUAAUAUAUUCGUAAUUAAGGAACUCCAUUAUCAUAGGGCAAUAUAAUGGAUUUGUUGAAGGCCAAAUAGGGAAAAAAAAUGUUUCUCGCCCACUUUCUUUUUCAUCUAUUUUCUAUUAUUUAAAAAAAAGAGUCCUAUAGAAAUGCAAUCAUCCUGAUAAGUGUUGAGUGCCAUUGGGUCUCUAGGCCUGGUAAUAUACAACUGUGUUUGUGAAAGUAAAAAGAUGCCUCAUCCUUUGAAGAAACCUGGACAAGAAAUUAUUUGGCCUAUAAAGACGAGAUAUUCAGAUUAAUAAUAUCUUUCAUGAUUAUUUGAGAAAAAUAUUGCUUAUGUAUAAGGUAUUGCUUAAUGUAUGUUGUUUUCUGUGUCAAUAUAUUUAAAAUAAAUUGUAAUGACAUAAAUAUACAACACUUAUCCUUGGAUGAGAGAUAUUCAAGGUUUUUCUUUUUUGUAAUUGUUACUUUCAUGAUUGUAUUGACGUGUGCAACAUUUUGCGUGGACUACCAUAAGCACAUAAAUGCAUGAUGUCAUAGCAACUGCUCUUUGAUGUUUUCCAAGUAACAGGAUCCCCAUUACUUAUUAAAAAACAUGGUAAAUUAAGCUAUGUCAAAGAAUAUUAACAAACACUACUAUAUUUAAACAAUGUUUCAAAAUUCUAAUUUCUUCAAAUGCUUAUUGGAAAAUCUUUUUUAUGUUUGGCCGAAUCUGUCGAAAUAGUUUGAAUAUUUUAUUGGCCACGCAGAAAACCUGACAGAUAUUGUAUAUAUUUAGUCGCUAUCAAUGAUUAAUAAAACCAGGUAUUUGUUCGCCUUGUGUCUUUAGUUACAUUAACUCAUCCACAGGGACUGCAUCAUCAAUGCACAAAAUUUCAUUACUCUAAAUCAAUAGACAGGACAGAAUUAGAACUGUUCAUUCCAGCUAAAGGGGUGUUUUUGUUUAAGUCCUAGAAAGUGCUUUUACCACAAGAUUAAAAAAGAAAAGCCAUAAGAAUAAUUACUAUACAUAUUCCCAUUAUACAUUCCAUUAAGAUUUGAUAUAUUUCUUUAAAUUAUUAUUUUUAAUAGAUUAUAUUUCUGUGAUACGCUGUGUCAUUUCCCAACAGAUACUUGCCCACAAGUAUUAGAUAAUUUAGAAUAUAAUUAUGGAAUGUAAUUUGUCAUUAAUAAACUUUGGAUGAACUUAAUGCAUUUGUGUAAGUUCCACAAGAAUAAAGAUUAUAUAAUUUCAUUUUUUUUUUAUUUGUUUUAUGAAAGAUAUUUGACCCACUGGAAACAUUGCCUUUAAGUUAAAAUUUAUAAAAAUAUUAAAAUACAUCAGUCAUUGAAUAAUUUUAUCUUCAGCAAAAUUCGAAAUUUCAUUAACUGUACAUGAUUUUGUUUUCUGUUAGCAUAUUGGAAUUGUCAAUUUAAUUAUCGUUAUUUUUUUUAUAUGCUUAUUUAAUGUUUAACAGUAAGCAUUGGAAGAGAUUAUUGAAAGUAAUCAAUAAUAUUAAUAUGAAUAUUCUUGUUUUUAAGACAGUAUUUGUAUUAGGCAAUCAGAGGUUAGGAAAUUUCUCACGGUUUAUUGUGUGUUUACCAGAUUUUAUUGUAACUUGAUCCAUGCUCAUAGAUUUCCAGAUGUAUCUUAAAUAUUAUAGAAUAAACAUGAUAUAGAAUCAAAAAUAUACGUGUUUAUUUUUAGCUAAAAUAUUAACUAAAUGUAUAUUUCCUGUUAAUGCAAUUUGUGUUCAUUUAAUUGACAACAAGCAAUUAAAAACUAUUGAAUAUGUAUUAUUAAGUGUUGUUUUAGGUUCCACCAGCGUUUUAAAAUAACAUUACUGUUAAUAUGGGAAACAUUCUUUCAUAAUUUCAUUUGAUCAUGUUUAAGUGCAAUCAGGUUUAGGUGAAAUUCAAAACUGACUGAUUAUAUAGUUUAUAAAAAAGCAUUUUGACACCUUCUAAAUGUCAUAGUUCAUCUCAAAAACACUUUCAUUGGAAACGACAUUUGUCAGUUGGUUAAUUCAUUACUCAUUUCAUUUCGUCAUAAUUGCUUGUAUAUUGUCUUUCAUUUUUUUCCAACUUACGAUUGCAAUUUAUUUGUCUUUCGUGGAAUCAUUUCUUAUUUAUUAGGGAAAAACAUAAUUUGUUCAAAAAAGAUGUGUACCCAAUAGGCAAAUGCUGAGUGUGUUGCCCAAGCGAUUGGUAAUCUAUAAUUGAGGGUCAGUUGGAAUAACAAAAAAAGUUAUUUAGCAAAGUAGGACUACAACAGGCCAGAUUUUAUGAAUGAUGAUUAAACUAUACUGGACCUUAUGCAUUUUGGCUGGUAAAAUGUUAAUAAAUAAUGGUUAAUUUAUGGUUUAGGGGAGAAAUUAUUUACAAAUGCCCAUUUUCAACAUCAUACAAAAAUAUCAGUUUCCUGAAAAAAAAUAUAUGUAUUCCAAAAAAAGGCCAAGUUUUUGAGGUUUUAUGUUGAUGAGGCUUGGCCAACACACACUCUUUGGUGUUAUAUGAUGUGAAAUUUCAUAUAAUAGUGGCCUUGAUUGUUACUACAAUGCUGUACAUUUCAGUGUAACUGUCGAAGGUAUAUGAAAUCUAUAGAUAUAGUUACCUAAACGCUUCAAAAACUGUGUACGGAUUAUGUGUGUAUUAUUAUAAAGUGAUUUCAGUUUGUUAAGUGACAAAAGGUUGAAAUAUUUUGUUAACGUGCUUAUUAAUUUUGUUUCUGUUUUGUUUUUUUAGAAUAUAUAUAUAUUUAGGAAUAAGAAUUAGGAGUGUAUGUACUCAAAAUAUGAUGUAAACAUGGCCAAAAUUAAUUGCAGUUUUAUCUCAGGAUCAUGCUUGUGAAAUUUUCCAGUUUUUUUUGUCAGUUUAAUUUUUUUUUUCAUAUAAAACACAUACUGUAUGCUAAGGAGCGGUGACAUUGAUUUCUUCUAAUGGAUGUAAAGUUUGCUUUUAUGAUUUGUUUGCGCCCUUUGACCUAGAAAUGCAGUAUUGAUAGAUAAUUCACUGAAUGUUGAAGAUAUUGAAAUGCAAAGGUAGUCCCUUUGAAAUGUACUGAACUACAAAUACGAUAGAGAUUCAUUGUAUAUUCAUAACGUGGUAUUCUAGAGUUGAAGAUUGCUCACCAAAAUAAAGUAAAACAUGUUUGUUUACAACAAAGAAAUAAUGGAAAUAGGGGAAAUUAAAUGAUCAUGUCAUAUAUUCUGUGCAAUGUUGUUAUACCCUAGAAAGCAUUCCUCCUGUGUCUGUGAUAGCAUAAAUCCAUAAAUAAGAACUUUUUUCCGAUCAUUCCAUGUUUUUCAGUAUCUUUAGGUUGUGUAUUCAGUGAGGACAGUUCUAACCAAGGCACCUAUGAAUGCUAAACUGACUAUUUAUGACUUGUUUCAUAAAUUAAGCGAAAACUUGGUGGUGUUCUCUUAGAUGUAGAUAAUAUCCAUAGUUAAUAAUAUAAUGGUUAUAUAAAUAUAUUUAUGUAAGUGGAAUGUCUAAUAUAAAACAAUGCAGAGUUUCUCUCUGUUGUAAAUCCAAUAUCUAAUGUUUCCCUUCUCUGGUUACAUUAGCAAUAUGUAACUUAGUUAUUAAAUCUGUAUGUGUAUAUUGAAUGGUGAAAAUAAAUUAACUAUUAUAGAGGUAGUAGAAA